AUGUCAACAAUCCUGACACUGGUCGUCCUUCUCAUUUAUUCAAUUAGUGAAUCAAUUGCAAUUACAUGUGCCUCGGAUGAAAGAGCGUGUAAUGCUCAGUGCUACAAACCCAGUCAACAGAUUUGCAUCAACGGUGUCGUGUGCCGUCAGGGUCAACGACUUUGCAAUGGUCGUUGUUAUACACCACCUCAAGAGAUUUGCAUCAAUGGCAUCGUGUGUCUUCGGAGUCAACAACUUUGCAAUUGUCAAUGUUAUACACCACGUCCAGAAAUUUGCAUCGAUGGCGUCGUGUGUCGUCGGGGUCAACGACUUUGCAAUUGUAAAUGUUAUACACCACUUCAAGACACUUGCAUCAAUGGCGUUGUGUGUCGUCGGGGUCAACGACUUUGCAAUGGUCAAUGUUAUACACCACUUCAACAGAUUUGCAUCAGUGGCGUCGUGUGUGCUAUAGGUCAACGGCUUUGCGAUGGUCGUUGUUAUACACCUGGUCAGCAGACUUGCCCCAGCGCAUAA